UUACUACUUUCCUUUAUUUUUAGUAAUCAUGGCAUUCCUAAUACUUUGAAUCAAAAGAAAUUUAAUAUGUUCUGAGGGCGCUGCGUCGGGCUUUUCUUUACUCACACCACAUUAGGUGUUGGACAACGUGUAAGGGUUCCCAUCAAGGUUCACCAGUGAGUCCGCUAGAGGGCAGCACAAGUGGAUUGCGAACGUUACCACGUGACCUUUUGCCUAGCAACGGUUUGUUGUGGUUUUUGAAACACAAAAGCAGCGAACUGUCGGCCACCGAAGUGGGUUAUGUUGUUUUCAACAGCACUGUCUCUCGCUGCAUUCCAGUGGACGUCGCCGUCUCGUGUCUUCUCAUCCAUGUCCAGGAGUAAGGCACAAAUCUCGACAAGAGACAUGUCGAAGAACAUGACUGACAAGACAAGAUCCUCUUCUGUCUCAAGACGUGAAAGUGCUGUUUCGAGUCAGAAAGUGAAAGCUAGCGAGGAUGUGGGUAGCAAGAGAACUGCAACAGAAAUAAAGAGGCAGAAAGCAGCCGAGUCUAGCAUUGAUUUGUCCAAGGAAUCUAAAAGCAAGGUACCAUCCCAACGGGUUAUUGCGGAGAGGCAGCCAAAGACUUCUACUUCUAAGCCUUCGUCUCUAAAUCAACCACGAGAGGCCACCAAGCCUGCAUCAAAGUCUCGCUCUGAAAGCAAUGUAGGCAACAGGACUCGCUCUAAAGAGCUACCUAAACCUGUGGUUACGAACAAGCCAUCACAAGCAAUUACAAAAACAAAGGUUAAACCAGGCGCAGAGUUAAAAUCUUCUCCUCGUAUUUCAGAUCAACAAAAAGGUAUUGCUAGCCAGGCAAGAAGAAAUGGUGAAAGCAAAACUACAGUUACUAAAUCUCUCCAACCGGAACAAAAUAAGAAAAAGGCUGAAGCAAAAGUCAUGCCUAAAUCUGUUGAAAAUGGCAGUGGCGAGGGUAGAUUAAAUAGAGAACGUACCAAAACACGCACCCUUAACCCAGAGGACUCGCAGCUCUUGACAACAUUGCAGAAUGCAGCUCAACAGCUCCCUCCAGACAUAAACCCUCAAUCGGCUGAAACAGAACUUGAUUAUGAAGAUGAUUUUGAGGAUUAUGAAUCAGACUUUGAAGAGGCCCCAAGCUUAGAAGUAACCUCAGAGGAAGAUACAAACGAAGAAGUGAGUAAACGUGAAGAUGGUGACAAUGAAGAUGAUGAUGAUGACAAAGAAAAUUAUGAUUAUGGUGAUUCCUCAUCUUCAUUAAGUGAAUUACAAACCAAUAAAGAUGUGCUGUCAUCCGCUAAUGGCAAAUCCGGAGUGGAAGAAAAGAAAAUGGAUUCAGGACAUUAUGACCUUGCUGAUGACCAAAGACUUAGCCGUAAAUUUGUAGGUAGUGUUGUCAACAACAAUUUAAAUGUGUAUGAGAGAGAAAAUUUGCCUCUCAGAGAGAUUAGCUCACAGAUCUCUGUUGGUGAAACAACAAAUCAAAGUGGCAGUUUUGAAGUAAAAGCCAUUAAUUUUGCUCAAGCUAAAAAAAGACAGCAAGAAAGAAAGGCUUCCAGCAAAGUGAAACAAAGAGGAGAAGUUCUUCUCAACAUGAUACGCCUUGAUUGUGUAAGCUUUCCACUGUUUGAAGCAGCCCCAGUGCCGUAUGAAAUCUACAUGAGAAGUUAUGGCCGUUCCAAUGCUCAACAGGUUUCUUGCCAAACAAAUGAAGAUGGGAUGACUGAAGAGGUUCAGACAGAUGAAAUAGUGUCAAUAAAUAAAUGGACCCAACAUCCACCUUCUCUCUAUCAACCAGAUGAUUCCAUAGCUCAUCCUCUGCUUUGCGCUGUUAGUUCUGACCCUUGUGAUCCAAGUGACCUCCUGCUGUGGAGGAAAGGCCUUCAAACGGAUGUGGUGAAGCUUGAAAACUUCAUUUUAAAUACUGGACAACUCAUGCUCAGUGUUCUGGAGGAAAUGUCAAGCGGUGCACAAGGACUUCUGAAGAGUAAUAAAGUAGAUCUUGGAUUUAGCCAGGGUUUUAUGACUUUGGGCACAGAUUCAGUUCCAUUUUUGAAAAAUCGUAAAGUUUCAAGAAUAUGUUUUGUACCCCAUCAACCGAACACUCUUCUCUCUGUUCACCUAAAGCCCCAAGAAGUCAACUACAGUGAAGAACUGUCUAGUCAGCUGGUGAAACGGUGUAUUCUUUGCCUUUGGAGCUUAUCCCAACCAUCACAGCCUCUUAAGAUCCUUGUCUCAAGCUCUGAUGUCAGGGCUUGCUCCUUCCAUCCUUCCCGUCCAAAUCUCCUGUUUGCAGGACUAGUAGAUGGUCUGUUGAAUGUCUGGGACCUGAAAGAACAAACCAUAUUUCAAAGCAAGGUGACAUAUCAGAAUACUGAUUGGGGGCUAAAAUCUCCAGCCUACACCACAGUGGACCACAUCGGAACAAAGCACUCAUCAGCAGUUGUUGGUGUUGAAGUCAUUGAUGGAAUGAAAGACUCACCCAACCAAACUUCUGAACUCUCACCAACUCAGAUCUGCAGUCUUGAUGAGAGCGGUCUUUGCAUCAUUUGGACAUUGUUGAGCAGCUCAGCAGGAGUGACUGAGGAUGUAGGCACUGCUCCCUGGAGUAGUAUAAGACUGCUUCAAAAUGAAUCAUUCUCACUUGUUCAGCGUGUUGCCCCAGCCAUUGAGGAUGGUGGGGAGAACCUACAGUUCAGUGACUUGAGGCUGGACAGCGCGGAUUCGGCGCAUCUCUGGGCGGCGACCAACACUGGACACGUCGCGCACAGCCUGAGUAGCGGCAGCCGAGCCCACCCAGCAGUGUACCUCCCGGACUGGGAAUGCGUCUCGCCGGCCACGUGCUUGUGCCCGUGCCCCUUCAGCCUGCCGUACUUCUUGCUGGGGUGCGCGGACGGCACGGUGCGGCUUCACAGCCGGCACAGCGCGCGGCCGCUGCUCAGCGUGGCUGGGACCGGCGGGGCGGUGGGUGCGGGCCCGGCCAUCGCCUGCCUGCAGUGGUCCACGUGCCGGCCGUGCGUCUUCUUCGCACUUGACACCGAGUCCAGGCUGCACGUGUGGGACCUGGGUGCCAGUGAUAUGUACCCCAUCCUGACCGUGCCCUUCCGCGGCAAGACCAUCUCCACCAUGGAGCUCUCGCCCAGCCGUCACGCUGCCAAGGCCUGUCCUUUCUUGGCCCUGGGGACUGCGUGUGGCAAGCUCAAAGUGCACCUAGUCAAGGACUCUUUUGCCUCAACAUCUCUAGAGCAGACAGCUUUGGAGUUAGAUAAGCUGAAGCGAUACAUGGCCAUUCUGUAA